ACUCUCACCCUCUCUCGCACUCUCACCCUUUCUCUCUCUUCCUUCCUUGCUUGCUGUAAUUAACUUGAUAUGAAAGAAUAGCAGAAAAAAAGAUGACGAUGUUCGGCCCAACACAACUGAUCUAUGUGUUCCUCCAUUAUUUCAUCUGCUGACACCAGAAACUGUUUUACAGACAUUUAUUAUUAUUAUUAUCAUUAUUAUUCAUUACUCCCCUCCCUGGAUUUUAAUUCCGAAGAUUUCAAAGUGUCUUCACCACCAUCACCAUUGAUUUAUUGUUGGAUAUUUUAACAUGUUUCCGAUGACACCUCCAGCAGCCGGUUAUCAAGAUCCCCAAAUUGCGCCGUCAUCAGUACCAGCCACUCAACAGACACCAUCAACUCAAUUGGUGGAAUUCACUAGUCCACCACGACCAAAUGUCGGUCUUUUAGGAAGAACCAUACAGCUACGGGCGAAUUACUUUAAGAUAUCUAUUCCCAAAGGUUAUAUACAUCAUUAUGAUGUCUGUAUUACCCCUGAUAAAUGCCCUCGACGUGUCAACAGAGAAAUCAUCGAGACAAUGGUACAAGCUUACAGUAAAAAGAUUUUUAAUGAAGAAAAGCCAGUAUUUGAUGGCCGAAAGAAUCUUUACAGCAGGGCAUAUCUUCCUUUUAAUCGAGAACGAGUUGAGCUUGAGGUUACUUUACCAGGCGAGGGAAAAGACAGAAUAUUUAAAGUUGGAAUCAAAUGGGUAGCCCAAGUGAACUUGUUCGCAUUAGAAGAGGCUUUAACAGGCCGAACUCAACAAAUUCCAUUUGAUGCUAUACAAGCCCUUGAUGUUGUCAUGCGACACAGACCGAGCAUGACUUACACACCCGUUGGACGGUCAUUUUUCUCUCAACCCAAAGAUUAUGAACAUCCCUUAGGAGGAGGACGAGAAGUGUGGUUUGGUUUCCAUCAAAGUGUGCGGCCGUCCAACUGGAAAAUGAUGCUGAAUAUUGAUGUAUCUGCUACAGCAUUCUACAAAGCCCAACCAGUCAUUGAGUUUAUGUGUGAAGUUCUUGACCUGCGUGAGAUCGGGGAACAAAAACGACCGCUUACAGACUCACAGAGAGUGAAGUUCACCAAAGAAAUAAAGGGUUUAAAGGUUGAGAUAACGCAUUGUGGUCAGAUGCGUCGUAAAUACAGAGUAUGCAAUGUGACAAGACGCCCUGCACAGACACAGUCGUUUCCUUUGCAAUUAGAGAAUGGUCAAACAGUUGAAUGCACCGUAUCAAGGUAUUUCUAUGAUAGAUACAAGAUGAAAUUGCAGUAUCCCCAUUUACCAUGUCUUCAAGUUGGUCAAGAACAAAAACAUACUUAUCUCCCCUUAGAAGUUUGUAACAUAGUUGGUGGACAGAGAUGUAUAAAGAAGCUCACUGAUAUGCAAACAUCCACAAUGAUUAAGGCCACAGCCCGAUCAGCCCCUGACAGAGAACGGGAGAUCAAUAGCUUGGUGUCUCGAGCUGAUUUCUGUGGCGAUCCUUAUCUUUAUCAAUUUGGUGUCAGUGUCAGUACAAAAAUGGUGGAGGUCGAAGGAAGAGUAAUCGAUGCUCCGAAAAUUCAAUAUGGGGGACGGACUAAGGCCCUUGCAGUACCAAAUCAAGGAGUGUGGGAUAUGCGAGGGAAACAAUUCUUUAUUGGAAUUGAAAUCAGAGUAUGGGCCAUCGCUUGUUUUGCUGCUCAAAGAUCUGUCCGAGAAGAAUCAUUAAGAAGUUUUACCCAGCAACUCCAGCGAAUAUCUAACGAUGCUGGGAUGCCUAUCAGCGGACAACCGUGUUUUUGUAAAUAUGCUAACGGUCCGGAUCAUGUGGAACCCAUGUUUCGUUAUCUGAAAAACACAUACCAAGGAUUGCAGUUGAUUGUGGUGAUACUUCCCGGCAAAACCCCCGUCUAUGCGGAAGUGAAACGAGUUGGAGAUAUAUUAUUUGGUCUGGCAACCCAAUGUGUUCAGGCCAAAAACGUUACCCGCACUUCACCCCAAACAUUAUCCAACUUAUGUCUAAAAAUCAAUGUAAAAUUAGGUGGAAUCAACAGCAUUUUACUUCCAAGUAUUCGGCACAUGUACUGUUACACGCAGGUGGUUGGAAGUAUGGAUGGACAUCCAAGCCGAUAUUCAGCAUCAGUCAGAGUACAACAACAUCGACAGGAAAUCAUCAAAGAACUGUCUCACAUGGUCAAGGAUUUGCUGAUGGAGUUUUAUAAAUCUACUCUCUAUAAACCUGCGCGCAUCAUUUUCUACCGAGAUGGCGUGAGCGAGGGGCAAUUCCAGCAAGUGCUGAGUCAUGAAUUGAGAGCAGUGCGUGAAGCUUGCAUAAGUUUGGAGGUUAGUUACCAGCCUGGCAUUACAUUCAUAGUCGUGCAGAAGAGGCAUCACACACGGCUGUUUUGCUCAGAUAAACGUGAUCAAAUUGGUCGAAGUGGAAAUAUACCGGCAGGCACUACUGUUGAUUACGGAAUUUGUCACCCUACAGAAUUUGAUUUCUAUUUAUGUAGUCAUGCUGGUAUACAGGGUACUUCUCGUCCUUCUCACUACCAUGUCUUAUGGGACGACAACCAUUUUAAUGCUGAUGAGUUGCAAACAUUAACCUACCAACUUUGCCACACCUACGUCCGGUGUACACGCAGUGUUUCCAUUCCAGCUCCUGCGUAUUAUGCGCACUUGGUCGCCUUUCGAGCACGCUAUCAUCUUGUUGAAAAGGAACAUGAUAGGUAUAACCAUUAUGCUUCUUCACUUUCUCUCUUUCACUCUCUUUUCCCUUUCUCUUUCACAUAUCCCACCAUUGUUGCCGCCGUCACCUCACUGGGUAUGGUGGGGAAAGGGGGUAGAUAG